AUGGAGACAGACCGACAGGAACAGGUUGAAUCACCGCUGGUCGAGGACUUCCUUGACUGCGACAAGCUGGGUGCCGAGUCCGACACCGACAACUCCAGUGCCGGAAGCGUGUCUCCCAGAAAGACACUCAAACGCCUCCAUAUCGACGUCGACAUGACCACUACUCAAUAUCUUACGCGUGCCGCGCACAAUUCUGAUCAAGGUUCUGUUGACGGCUGCUCUACGGGCCCCUCAUCAGUCUCCUACUCGUCCUCAGGACUCGAUCCCUACAGUGCAGUUUCUGGAGUGUCCUCGUUUAACUAUCCUGCCGCUGCCGACUCAACGCUUUUAACGCCAGUGUCGAGCGCGGGCAGUCCUCCUCUACAGAAUAGGCCUCCGACUAAGUCCAUGCGGAGUUUCAACUCUUCUCAGGCUUGCCCUGUCUCGCGAAGCUCAGCGCAAACAAGGUACUAUAGCAGCUACGACGUGAAUACCAGUAGUCAGGGCUCCUCCCCGAUGACGGUACACCCCGCAGCCACCGAGGCAGGAUCCUUUGACAUGACGGGCUACAUGGCGCAUACUCCGCCGGGCAGCGGUAACCAGCCUUCGUCGCCCAAGAACGACAUGCCGCCAAUUGACCCCUAUCUCGGCCAUUUUACCGUCUCAGGGGCACCUGACGGUGAAGUCACACACCAUUCGUUUCACGACUACCCCCAUGCAUUUGCAGUCGACGUUGCUCCUCCUGGCGCAUUCCUUGGUCAGCAACAGGUUCCGGUUGGCACGCCUCAUAUGCAUCACCGCGUGCCCUCAGAUGGGCAUGCGCCUGUCCUAGCCCAACCUCACCCGUCCCAGUUCAGAAUGCAGACGACGCCGCGGGUUGGCGGUAUUGAGGACCUUCGUGAUCCCUCGGUGCUUCUCAACGGUUAUCCAUCCCAUGCUGUGCUCAGCCCCGGCAGGAGACCUCAGCCGCGCAAGAAGCCCUCGCCGUCACGAAAGGCGUCGCGGACUCCCAAGGCAACUCCUCAUAUUGGUUCGGAAGGGCAGACCAAUGGCAACCUCCCGGAAGACGACGGAGAAGAACUCACACUUGCCGAGAACGCACCCGAGGACGACAAAUACCUUUUCCAGCUUCGGAAAGAGUUCCUCUCAGAAAAGGGCAAAGGAAUGUGGGAAGAGAUGAAAGCAAAGUACUCAGAGAAGCAUCAGGGUAACUGGGAAAAAGCGGCUCUGCAAAUGAAGGUCUCCCGUGCCGUGGCCAAGUUCGGGGUGUGGCCUGAAAAAGAGAAACAACGACUUCAAGAGGCCUUUCAGUACUACGAGGAGAAAAGAUACCAGCUUAUCAUCGCCCGCAUGAAAGAGAACGGAGGCUGUCGCGUUUGGGAUUGGAAGCCUCAGCACAUUGAGGCCAUGCUUAUCAAAAUGGGCUUGGAAGAGCCCACCAUCGACGAGAAGACAGGUAUUCGGCGACGCAAAAACAAGCUGGCACGGAGACGGGCAAGUCCGCAUAACGGCGGGCCACAGCACUUGGCCGACUGGUCAAACGGGCUUGGGCUCCAUCACCCCUUUCAAGGCCACGCCCAGCAAGUGGCAGGUACGGGGCGUCAGGGCCCCUAUGACAUGAUGCCCGACGACGCGAGCAUUGCCCCGACUUUUACCUCGGAACAGGAGAACGAAUACCUCGAUCAGAUCUUCAACAAGCAGGUUAAAACGGAGCCUGAGGGCAGUCUCAGCCCCGAAAACAUGGAGCUCACAUACGAUGAAGAGGCAUCCAAAGCUUCUGGUGGACGAGAACUCAACCAACAGCGGAGCGAAAGAGUUGCACGGCAAGCCUGCGAGCAAUUGAUGCAG